AUGGAGGCGGCGGCCGGCGGCCGCGGCGGCUUCCAGCCGCACCCGGGGCUGCAGAAGACGCUGGAGCAGUUCCACCUGAGCUCCAUGAGCUCGCUGGGCGGUCCGGCCGCCUUCUCGGCGCGCUGGGCGCAGGAGGCCUACAAGAAGGAGAGCGCCAAGGAGGCGGGCGCGGCCGCGGUGCCCGCGCCGGUGCCCGCAGCCGCGGAGCCGCCGCCCGUGCUGCACCUGCCCGCCAUCCAGCCGCCGCCGCCCGUGCUGCCCGGGCCCUUUUUCAUGCCGUCCGACCGCUCCACCGAGCGCUGCGAGACCGUGCUGGAGGGGGAGACCAUCUCGUGCUUCGUGGUGGGCGGCGAGAAGCGCCUGUGCCUGCCGCAGAUCCUCAACUCGGUGCUGCGCGACUUCUCGCUUCAACAGAUCAACUCGGUGUGCGACGAGCUGCACAUCUACUGCUCGCGCUGCACGGCCGACCAGCUGGAGAUCCUCAAAGUCAUGGGCAUCCUGCCCUUCUCGGCGCCCUCGUGCGGGCUCAUCACCAAGACGGACGCCGAGCGCCUGUGCAACGCGCUGCUGUACGGCGGCGCCUACCCGCCGCCCUGCAAGAAGGAGCUGGCCGCCAGUCUGGCGCUGGGCCUGGAGCUCAGCGAGCGCAGCGUGCGCGUGUACCACGAGUGCUUCGGCAAGUGCAAGGGGCUGCUGGUGCCCGAGCUCUACAGCAGCCCGAGCGCCGCCUGCAUCCAGUGCCUCGACUGCCGCCUCAUGUACCCGCCACACAAGUUCGUGGUGCACUCGCACAAGGCCCUCGAGAACCGGACCUGCCACUGGGGUUUCGACUCGGCCAACUGGCGGGCCUACAUCCUGCUGAGCCAGGACUACACGGGCAAGGAGGAACAGACGCGCCUUGGCCGCUGCCUGGAUGACGUGAAGGAGAAGUUCGACUACGGCAACAAGUACAAGCGGCGGGUGCCCCGGGUCUCCUCCGAGCCCCCAGCCUCCAUAAGAAAAACAGAUGACACCCCCUCCCAGCACCCCACGUCUUCUGAAAAGGACAAGCAGUCUGGCUGGCUGCGGACUCUGGCCAGCCCCUCCAGCAAGAGCCUGGGCUGUGUUCACCCUCGCCAGCGCCUCUCUGCCUUCCGACCCUGGUCCCCUGCAGUUUCCACAAGUGACAAAGAGCUCUCCCCGCACCUCCCUGCCCUGAUUCGAGACAGCUUUUACUCCUACAAGAGCUUCGAGACAGGUGUGGCCCCCAAUGUGGCUCUGGCACCACCAGCCCAGCAGAAGGUUGUGAGCAGCCCACCCUGUGCCACUGUCGUCUCCCGGGCCCCUGAGCCUCUCGCCACCUGUGUCCAGCCGAGGAAGCGGAAGCUGGCCGUGGACACCCCUGGAGCCCCAGAGACGCCAGUGCCCGUAGCCGCGCCCGAGGACGACAAGGACUCUGAGGCCGAGGUGGAAGUAGAAAGCAGGGAGGAAUUCACCUCCUCCCUGUCCUCGCUCUCUUCUCCAUCCUUUACCUCAUCCAGCUCUGCCAAGGACCUGAGCUCCCCGGGCGUGCACGUCCCUCCUGUGGCCCCUGCUGCCGCUGAUGCGGCGGCCCCUGCCGACACCCCGAGCAGCGGGCUGGAGGCGGAGCUGGAGCACCUGCGGCAGGCCCUGGAGGGCGGCCUGGACACCAAGGAAGCCAAAGAGAAGUUCCUGCACGAGGUGGUGAAGAUGCGUGUGAAGCAGGAGGAGAAGCUGAGUGCCGCCCUGCAGGCCAAGCGCAGCCUCCACCAGGAGCUGGAGUUCCUGCGAGUGGCCAAGAAGGAGAAGCUUCGGGAAGCCACGGAAGCAAAGCGCAACCUGAGGAAGGAGAUCGAGCGCCUCCGAGCUGAGAACGAGAAAAAGAUGAAAGAGGCCAAUGAGUCCCGGCUCCGCCUGAAGCGGGAGCUGGAGCAGGCACGGCAGGUCCGGGUGUGUGACAAAGGCUGCGAGGCCGGCCGGCUGCGUGCCAAGUACUCGGCCCAGAUCGAGGACCUGCAGGUGAAGCUGCAGCAUGCGGAGGCCGAUCGAGAGCAGCUGCGGGCCGACCUCCUGCGGGAGCGGGAGGCCCGGGAGCACCUGGAGAAGGUGGUGAAGGAGCUGCAGGAGCAGCUGUGGCCGCGGCCUCGCUCUGAGGCCACGGGUGGUGAGAGCACGGCCGAGCUGGAGCCCUAGCCCGACCCCACUGUCUGCUGCCGAGGGUGCGGCCACUGCGGGAGAGGGCGGCCGGGCACCAGCCGUAGGGCUCUGCGCCCAGGGCCUGCCCCCCUCCAGCCCACACAGCACAACGUCUUACUGUGCCUACAACCAAGCAAGUGUUUGGAACCACAUGCUUUUGGAAUCCACUGCAAAAUUUUCUACUGGCCAAGUUUAAGUGAGCAAGCUGGGUCCCCAACUGCAGCCAGAGCCGAGGCCAGCUCAGUGGCUGCAGCCGGCCCUCUGCUUGCCAGAACAUUCUAACAUUUACACUUUUGUUAUAAGCUAUUUAAAACCAGUAAGGAGACUUGAUAUUCAGAAAAUCAACACGUUUUUUAAUGACUAACUUUUAAAAGCCCCACCAACAGUGAUGCCAUCUGAGGACCCGCUAAGGGAGUCAGGGUGGCAGCCGCCCCGCCCCUCGAAGCCAUCACAGCUCAUCUGCGCCCGCGGCUGCGUGAGGACAGGAAGGGUUUCUCCAGAGUCUAUUUUUUCAGCGACAAGGACCCAGGUCUCCUGUGCUGCCGCCGGGAAGAGCAAGGAGUGCGCCGCCCGUGCGCGAUGAGCCGGAACACUGCCGCCUUACACCGCACGCACGCCCAGCCUCGUCGCCCUCAGCAGGUGUGUGCAGAAACGCUGCGCCCGAGGGGUGUCAUCUGUCGGGGAGAUGAUGGAAGGCGGGUCCCCACCAGCAGGCACGCCAGCUGCCUGCCCACAGCGACCCCUUCUCAGUUCGGCAAACGUCGCUCCUUUCAUUUUGGGACUGAGGCUGCAGCAUUGGAACAAAACACAGCAUUAUUUCACUUUUUCUUUUUCUUUUUUGUUUGUUUGUUCAUUUAAACGUAUAUUUAGAACUGCACUUUGUCAAAACUCUUCCCUUCUCUUUUUAUUCCCGUUAACUGAGGUUCUUACUUUUCAAAUAUCGCAGACCGAUUUCUAGAGCGGUUCACAUCCUAAGUGCUCGCGUGUUCGGAAACCCCUCUGGUGCUUGGUUGAACAAGGGAAUCACAAGAAAAUGAAAAUGCAAAGACUGAACUUCGGGGGGUAGUCCUGUGCCUUCCAGCAUCUUGUACAGCAAAUCCUGACUCGUCUUUUUACCCCCAAAAUACCUGUCUUCAGUAGCGAUUGAAUCUGCCACUAUCAAAAUAAGUUACGUGCAUUUAUUCCAAAUAAUCUCGUUUACUCUCAACUGUUUAUGCAAAGUGUGUAAGGUUUCUUAUGCCCAAGCUUGAAAAAUGAUUUCCCAGUAGACAGGAGGCGGCUGCCCAUCCUAACGUAUGUAAUCAGAUAAGAAAGAUCUCGCCGGAACCUUUGCUUGACUCUGUUGUAACACCGUGGCAGCUGCGAGCGCAGACAGGCGGUGGAGGGAGCUGGCGCAGGUACAGACGUCCGCAAGACAUCAUCGCCACCGCCACCAGGACGGGCAGAGACUUGGGUGGUGACAGCGUCUGCAGGGUUUUGCCUUGGUUUACUGGGGGGCCGGGUGCUGCUGGACCCCCUUCUGAAGUGCAAUGCAGAAGGGACACCAUGUAUAUGCAGCGUUCGUUUGCAAAUUUUUUUUUGCUUUUGUUUUUCUUUUGCAGUUAUUAAAUCUGUAUGCAUGGAACUUUAAACCUCUGCCGCACAUAUAUCCCUCAGUGGGCAUUAUUACCGUGUCAUGGAAAGGGUCGGUGUGUUAUGCAACACUCAGAAUGCUGUGUUCAACCUUUUUUUUCCAGAGUUGUGUUUUUUUAGUCAUUUCUUCAAGGGAAACUAAAUGAUUUAGUUGGAGCAAAGCUUUAAGUGUGUCAGUGUGCUUCUGUGUGGCUGUGCUCUGUUGCUAAGUCUGGAAAUCGUAGUGAGGUCGAAGGGCCCCCGGGGUCUGGCCCAUUGGACCUGUUGCCUGAGGCACCCCAGUUUGCUCCGUCUGCUUUUGAGUUUUUAGGCUUCGGAGGGAGAUACACUUUUCUCAUUUGUGUGUGGGGGGUGGCACUGCCGCUUCUUGCCCUCGCACUGUCCCCUCGGGUCACCCGCACGUCUUGGCCACUGGGUCCACGCCUCCAUCAGCCGGCUUUGUCCCCGAACGUCAGGAAGAGCUGCAUAUGCAGUGGCGUCUCUUCCCCAAGAGCUGGGCAGACCUGGGCCCUGGGGAGGCCUUGUCCCACCCAGGCCUGCCCCUCCCAGCCCUCCUCGCUCCUUCCUGAGGGUCCCACAGCCCCCCGAGCUGGUGGGGCAGGAAACAGACACGGUGGGCUCCCCCUUCACCAGCAGCUCAAACCUUCCUGGGCAGCUCCCGGGUGAGGCUAGGGAGCAUGGGGUUGUCCUGGCCUCUUCUGUCCUCCAGAGGCCAGGUCUGAAGGGCAGCUGGGACUGCAGGCCUGCUCUGGACCAGCUUGCCCGGGCCGAGACCCAGCUCCCGUCUGCCCAGCUGCAGUCCUGUUUCUUCUCAGAAGGGAGAAGAAGAGUCUCUCUUGCAGGCUGCUGACUCUCCCUGUGUGUGAAUAUCCAUCAUCGAAGUGACUGUGUAUUCAGUUUAAUUACUCAUUGUUUCUAUGCUGAAAGAUUUUUAACGAAGGGAAAAAACCAACAGCAAUAACAUUCAUAUCUAUGGAGCAGCUAACUCAUACACGUAAUACUCUGCUUUUCGUACAGAACUAGCCGAUGUAAAAACAACGACUUGUAAAUACUUUGUUUCCUUUUACACUGUUGUAUCAUACGUGUAGAUGGUGGUUCAUUUUUCAGAAACUCUUUUCUUACCCGGUAGCUGUCUUGUUUUCUGAAUUGUUUUUAACAGAGGAAGAGCACGCUCAUCUGCCAGAGGGGACGGGGAAGCCCUUUGCCAGUGUUCCGAGCGACCCUGCCCCAUGGGCGCCCCGCUCGCGCAGGUUCCGUCCCCCUGUCCCGUCCCCUGCGCCCCCCUGCCCCCCGCGCCACGUCCACCAGGCUGGAGGGAGGCCUCUCGUUCUUGCUUUAAGUCAGGAGUCACAAACGACAUUUUUUUUUCAAUUAAGGAAAAAAAACACAGCUCUACCUUCGUGUCCGCCCGGAGCGUCUGCAUCGCCGUCCCCAUUUUCUCCUUUGCUGCUGCUAAUGACAAUAUGAUGACUUACUCUACUAUUCGAAAACUAUUUUUAUGUAAUUAAUGUAUGCUUUCUUGUUUAUAAAUGCCUGAUUUAAAGAGAAAAAGAAAAGGCUUGGCAUAUUUAUCUAUUUCGCUGUGUACCCGUUAGUCCUUUGGCGCCCCUCCCCCAAACAGAUGACGUUGUACAAUAAAGGACUUUGACAGUA